CACAAGCUGAUUCAACUUCAAGAAAGCAUCAGCUGCCAAUACACCUGAAAGAUCUUGUCACAAGACAUAGUGUGUGAAGAUGAUGUCUACAAAAGACAUGGUUAAAGUAAUGAUUGUCAUGUUUGCAAUUUGUUUUCUUGCAAAAUCGGAUGGGAAACCUGUUAAGAAGAGAUCUGUGAGUGAGAUACAGUUCAUGCAUAAUCUGGGCAAACACCUGAGCUCCAUGGAGAGGGUGGAAUGGCUGCGGAAGAAGCUGCAGGAUGUGCACAACUUUGUUGCCCUUGGAGCUCCAAUAGUGCACAGAGAUGCUGGGUCCCAGAGACCCCGGAAAAAGGAAGACAACGUCCUGGUUGAGAACCAUCAAAAAAGUCUUGGAGAAGCAGACAAAGCUGAUGUGGAUGUAUUAACUAAAGCUAAAUCCCAGUGACUAUGGAUUUACCAGAGCACUGUUGUAAACAGCAUAGGGCAACAAUAUUACAUGCUGCUAAUAUUUUCAAGCUCUUAAGCUUA